AUGAAGGUCCUUGGUUCACUGGCACUAGUGCUGGCUUUAUUUCAGCUUGGUGUAUCGGCCGCCGCGGCGCCCGAAGAGCCUCCAACUUGUGGUGCGAUCUGUAUUCAGACAGAGGCUAUCAAGUCACCUUGUGGUCUGAACGUUACGUGUAUUUGUACAAAUGUUGAGCUUAAUGAGAAGAUCUCAGCUUGUGUUGCGGCUAACUGUACGGUGAGGGAGAGUUUAUUGGUUCAAAGUUACUCCAAGCAUACGUGUGGCGCACCAUCUCGCGAUCGUACAACGCUGGUAUGGGUUAUUGGUAUCGUCUUUCUUAUUCUCGGCCUCAUAGGCUUCGGUCUGCGUGUAAUGGCUAGAGUGUUUGUUGUUAAGCAAACAUGGGGAGCCGACGAUUGGGUCAUGCUUUUUGCGGUGGCUCUCAUGGUACCACUCAAUGCUUUGUCUGUACAGAUCUCACGCGUUGGACUGGGUAAAGACAUAUGGAACGUUCAUCCCGAUGAUAUCACCGACUUUCUUUAUCUGUUCUUCUGGGACGAACUUCUCUACCUCGGAGCCCUUCCCGUCACCAAGAUCUCCAUCCUUCUCUUCUAUCUCAAAGUCUUUCCUGGCAAAAACAUUCGAAUGGCAUGCUGGAUCUUUAUCGGUCUGAACGUCGCAUACUUCAUAACCUUUGAGCUCAUUUCCAUUUUCCAAUGCAGACCAAUCGAGGGCGCUUGGAGAGCAUGGGACAAGGAGUUCAAGGCGAAGUGCAACAACAUCAAUCUACAGGGCUGGUUUGCUGCCAUUCUUAACAUCUUUCUUGAUGUUGGGACGAUGUGUAUACCGUUGAAGGAACUCUAUGGACUGUCGAUGUCGCUUAAGAAGAAGAUACAGCUCAUGCUCAUGUUUAGCGUCGGUAUCUUCGCCGUCCGUCUUCGAUCACUAGCAAGCUACGCAACCACCAGCAACGUAACCCAGGACUACGUUGAAAUCGGGUACUGGAGCACAAUCGAAGUCCCCGUCGGCAUAAUCUGCACCUGCAUGCCCGCCAUCCGCGCCCUCUUCGGCAUAAUCUUCCCCAAAGUCUUCGCCUCCACGAACCGCAGCAAGAGCAGCUACGCCAACAUCUCCAAGGAGUCAAAACCGACCUCUGACAGAAAGGGCAUGAACACGCCGCAGAUCACCAUCGAGACGGAGAUCUCUACUAGGUACUCGCGCCACCAUGAUGAUUCUUCGGUAAUUGAACUCACGCACGUGGGGAGGGAACAGGGACACGAGGAGAGUGCAUGGACGGAUAGGAGGCCGGUUGUUCCGUCUGAGCCUGUGUGA